AUGUCUUCCUCUCCGGGUAUCAAACCUCGGGAAAACGUGGACAUGUUGUACAUCUCCAUCGAGACAGCCAUCGCCCUGGCCUCAGUGCUGGGAAAUGUGCUGGUGGUGCUGGUCGUGUGCGUGAACCGGGCUCUCCGCAACACCACCUUCAGCUUCAUCGUGUCUCUGGCUGUGGCCGACAUCGCCGUGGGCGUCCUGGUCAUCCCUCUGGCCAUCAUCAUCAGCCUGGGGUUCAACACGCAGUUCUACACCUGCCUCUUCCUCUCCUGCCUGCUGCUCGUCAUCACCCAGAGCUCCAUCCUGUCCCUGCUCGCCAUCGCCAUCGACAGAUACCUGAGGGUCAAGAUUCCCACAAAGUAAGGAGCUUUUAUGAGACCAGUGGGGACAACUCUGCUUUAAUGUGUCUGUCAUUCGGUUUUCUCAGCCUUCAGAUUCACAGAAAUGGAGGUAAACAGGAAUUUUGCAUCAUCUUUGCUUUGGACAGAAACUCAGCAUCCUAAAGUCAUUUGCCGUCUGUUUACAGUAAAAGAGAUCAAAUAUUUAUAGCCUGCAGUGAAAGGAGGUGGGAGGGAAUCCAACCCCUGUCUGGUUGAAGUUCCCUGGUAAAAUCCAUUGCAGCUUUCUUGUUACUCUGCUCCUAACUGUUUCUUCUGUGUGGUACGUGCAGCUUAUUGAUCCAGAAUUUACUCGACACAAGCGGCUUAAAAUCGUGUGUUUCAUCUGUUUCAGUCUUGAUAGACUUGGAGACUUUAUAGAGUCUUUUAGACUUGAGUGUUUGGGGAAUUCACUAAACUUCCUAAAACUAAAUCAAAAACUUGUUUUAAUGAAAAAGCUCUUCCCUUUGAAUCAACAGUUAUCUGUAAUUUUGUGUUUUCAACAAAAGUGCAAAAUCUGAGGAGCCUGUCGGUUCAGGUCAGGCGCUGAUCUGAGUUGAUGUCCAAUGUAGCUCCAUAUAUCUUUGCAUUGGUUUAAUGCAAAUCAAUGGGCCAGACAUCAGGGGCUUUUAAGCAAAUUAAAAUGUGCCUGUCUGCUUAAAUGACUGACAUGAGCGCUGUUUGUUGAGGCGGUUUGGCAGUCGUUCUGUGAGCGAUUUGUUUAUCCACUGGAGCUGGAUGUAGAAGAAAAAACUUCUGUUUUGUCGAUAUGUUGGAGAUUGUUCAAAGAAAUGUCAAUAAUCCCAACAACUGAAAAUCCUUUCCUUGUCCCGUCUCAGGUACAGCACCAUCGUGACCCAGGGGAGGGCGUAUGUCGCUGUUUGUCUCUGCUGGAUCCUCUCGUUUCUGACUGGACUGGUUCCCAUGUUUGGAUGGAACAACCUCGACGCUCACAGAAACAUCAGCCGCUCCAGUAAAAUCGUCUGUGAAUUCACCACCGUCAUGAGGAUGGACUACAUGGUGUACUUUAACUUCUUCGGCUGGGUGGUGGUACCGCUGUCCGUAAUGAUCGCUCUGUACGCCGAGAUCUUCAGGGUGAUCCGGAAACAGCUGAACCGGCGUGCCGAGGCCACGUGUGACAGAGACAGGUACUAUCAGAAGGAGCUGAAGCUGGCCAAGUCUCUGGCCCUGGUGGUCUUCCUCUUCGUGGUGUGUUGGUUGCCGAUACACAUCAUGAACUGCAUCGAUUUCUUCUGCCCGGAGUGUCACGUCCCCAAGUUUGCCACUUAUGUUGGCAUUUUCAUGUCACAUGUGAACUCGGCGCUCAACCCGCUGGUGUACGCGUUCAGGAUAAAACGCUUUCGUGUCACGCUGAUCCAGAUCACUCGCAGAUGCAUGUUAUGUAAAUCCACAGAAGCGACUCCGACGUGUGCGAGCACGCCAGGCCAGACGGAGAAAGUGGACCUAUAAACUUGUUCAAUGGACCAUGUGGUUUACGCUCAGAUUAUUUGGCGAUGAAUCUCUCGGGAUUACGUCAAAUUUGGAGCAUCUACCAAACAAACAAUCACCACAUCAUUCAUGGAGCUCGUUCAUUUUGGACCCGUCCAUAUUGUUUGAAAAUGA